UGUGAUUCCGGCAAUAAUUUUGCACCCAAAUCAAGUGAGUUGUUCAAGAUUCGUCCAUUUUUUCCAAAUAAAAGUCGCGCAAACGCGGAGUGUGUUCGUAAUACGGUCGCCAUUUUGAAUAGCGAAUAGAGCGAAUUGCUACAAGAGCAAUAAGAACUAUAUUAUUCGUUUCGAAGGAAACAUUAUGGCGGACGCCUGCAGACAUUCGUGCUUUUCAAAAAUCGUUUUCUAAGUUUAAUUGCGCGUUUUUAUUGAACUUUUUCGCAUAUUAUGGUGCAUUGUGUAUGUAAAUAACUGUUUAUUGUGGUUUUUCGAGAUUCCAUCGGAUAAAUUGUCCAGAUGGCAUAUUAUGGAGGCGUGUUAUGGCAGAAAUUCAUCCUAGCACAAACAGUGAGGAGUCUGUAGAGCAAAAUUCAAGCAAUUUUGUAAGUAAAAUUGAAAACGACUGUGAUUCCUGCUCUGAAGAAGUAAUAGGAGAACACAGUCUAAAUACAGAUACAAAUAAUCUUCAAAUUGAAGAGUCCGGUAAAAAAAAACCUAGGGGCAUCUCGUCGGUCACUCUCCGAUCGACCAAUAAAAACAAAGACAAUCAACAUCUACCUAAUGUCGGGAGAACGGGAAUAUCUCCCAAUACACAUUCCAUCAUGAAAACUAAGCAAACUAAAGAUGAACAGGACAAGAGUAUUGAUGAGGAAACAGUGAUAGAACCUAAGACGAGGGCCCGCAAAAAGGCAUCUGACCCAACUGAGGAUGACAAAACCAAGCUUGGCCAAGAUGAGCCUAAAACGUCCAAAGAAACCAAGAAACCUGUAAAUAAACCAAAAGCAAUAAUUAAGAAGAGGCCACUCGGCAUCAGAAAGACUUUAAGGAGUAAGAAAGUCCUAGGGACUAAAGAAAAAGUCAAGAAAAUUAUUAAAAGAACAAUCACUCGAGGUAGAAAAGCCACAGCGGCUGUUAAACUAGAACCUGAAAAUUCUCAAGAUAAAGAAGCCGUCCCGCUGAUCCCAGCAUCAGAAAUUAAAAAGGAACCUCUGGACGACAUCACUCCUGGUUCUAGAUCCUCAAGUCCGAAAACAGCAGGCAGGAGACAGAGACUUAGCUCAGAUUUGGCCAUGAUGAAAACAAUGCUAAGUGAUACUCCUAGCAGCUUAGCCCUCGGGCCUCGCACUAGUCCAUACUCAAUGCGCUCUGAACGAAGCAAUAGCCCUUCGGUCUUUGAAGGCAAGAACCUGCGAAGUGGGAAGCCUAGAAAAGUCAAAAGCAACCUUUUAAAUGAGGUUGUCAUGAAGGAACAGAAGAAACGACGGAGAUUGCUCUCAGAUUCCAAAGCCUCCGACUCAGCUGAUGUAAGUGAUGAAUGCAUGAAGCUAAAAAGGGGACGGUCCUGCUCCCGAGACGGGAGUGAGAUCUCUAAAUGCUCAGACAAUACUGAAUCAGACAUGAGCCUCAGUGAGCCACUGAAUGAUACAGACGGUGGCAAGGAGCUCAGCAAAAAACUAGAUAAAUCUAAGACUGACCUAGAUAUAGAUAUUGAAAGUAAUGUACAGAUCUCGACUAUUGAAAAAGUGCCUUCCGUUAAUGUUGAAAAAAUUAAUGAUGUUAAACUUGAUGCAGAAACUAGUUGCAUCUCUAAUCAAAAGAAAAAAAAGAAGUUGUGCUUAAAAAGGAGUACAUCUCUAGAUUCUGACAACAACAAUAGUAAUAGGUUAAAUUUAGAUGGUUUAAAUGCAUCAGAAAUAGAAGAUAAACUUCUGAUGAAGACUGAAAACAUUACGCUUUUGGAGGCCCGUAGUAGUAUAUUGAAUAGUAUGUCCAAGACUUUAAACUCAAAGGAAAUCACAAAGAACAUUAAGAGGGCAAGGAGAGGGAGAAAAGCAGCCGCCGCUUCAAGGCCAGACCCCAACAAGAACUGCAUCACGAGCACAGUGACCAACAACACUGAAGAUAAGCAAGAGACCCUUGAGUCUCUCUCCAAAGAGAUAGAUGACCUCAUCAAUAAUCUGGAUGAGAACAUAGGCCAGGAUCACGAAGCCGCUCCUGCCGUUGAGACACCAGCAGACGGGAUGCAGGUUAAGCCCGCAUCGUCCUUCUACGGUCUCAAUAAGACGGCUAGUGCUGAAGAAAAUACCAAUAAAGCUCCUGAAACUCCGGUCAAGAACGAUCUUCUGACUUCACUGACUAAUGAGAACACGCCGUCGAAGAUCGACGACAGCGAAACCAUCAGACUGCAUUAUGAAGAGGAUCCAGUUGAAAAACCAGAGAACAGCAGACACGAAAUUACAUACAAAACUUUCGCCAGUAUAGAUAAACUAAUGGACAGACUGAAGGAGUUUGAAGAGUUCGAUAAGAGAAGACAGAGGCUCGAGUCAGAAUCGAAAUCUAGCGAUUCCAAGCCCGUGAUGGUAACUAGCGAUGUAGUCCUGAUACCUAAAUCCGGGGUCGACAUGAAGCCCCUAAAAGACAUUCAGUCAGUGAGAUCCCCUGAAAAAACAUUUGAAAAAGAAAACGUAUUGAGCUGCUUCGAAAAUAAUUCGGCCAUUUCAAUAGUAAAACGAGAUCAAGUUCGGAAGUCUAUUGACGUCGACCUUCCGAACUCGGUCACCCUCAUCAAGAGGAACAGCGUCAGCGCGCGGAAGGAAUCGACCAGCUCUAACCAUUCUAAAGAAUCGGAUGCUAUCAGUAUAUUUGAGAAGUCAUUAGGCAAAGAUGUAACUUUGACUGAACUUAGAAAAUCUGUCGAGAAGCCAGCGCCCGCACAAGUGGACCUGCAUCAGUUCGCAACCCUGCACGCCAACACGGCGGGUCUGGUCGGCGGAGUUGUGCUCGAUUCCACUCAGAUCUCCAUAACUCCUCGCGUGCUCGACAUUAAACACAGCAGCGACCUACAGAAACAACAGAAGCGUAAGCCUACCGAAAGCUUGCCUUUGAAGUCCACGGAGCCUAAUGACGAUGAUAAGAUGGCUACGAUUGAGAGAAUCAAGGCAACGCCUGUUGUUAAUAUUACGCCUGCAGUGUCCAUCUCGUCCACUCCGGUCGCCAUUAAAUCCCCUGAGAGCACCCCCAUGGAGACGGAAGCCUGUCCUCCUCCAUUGGCGAACAUCAAGACUACACCAGAUGAUACAACUUUGACUUCUGAAGUCUCGAAGCUCGAUAGCGUCGUCGACGUCGCGAAAACUGACAUACCGACAGUCGAAACUGUAACCGAAGCAGCAGUUCCCGUAACGAGUGACGACAAAAGUGACGCUGACGUGAAACCAGAAGUUUCCACCGAGGACAAAGCUGAUGUAGUCACUGACACUGACAUCAAAACGCCCGCAGUUGGUAAAACGACGCGAGUGUCUACAGAGUCCGAAGCUGGUCCUAGUAACAUUAGUCAAGAGGCUGAAACUAAAAAACGCAAAGAAUACGCGUUGAGGAAGGGCUCGAAGGAAAACGAACAGUUGGAGGCGGCUGAUGCUGAACUGGAGACCGAGGAGAUCAAAGCAGACGCAACGAAACCUAAAGAGUACGCGUUGAGAAACUGCACCAACGACGCGAAAGCUGAUCCCAUCGAUGAACCAAAGCCCGCGCUCAACACACCCGCCAAGCUCGACUGUCAACCUGGGCCGAGCAACGUCUUCAACGAGACCCCGGAGACGAAGCGACACAAAGAAUACGUUCUAAGGACGCUCGGCCUCCUCACCCACAAAGCUGCCAAGGAAGCCAAGAUCGAGAAGCUGCGGGAGAAGGAACGCAUCUACGGAACCAGCUUCGGCGGCCUCGUGCAUAAAAGCAAGUCCGCCAAAUCCGGAGACUACACCGGAACUCUGAAGACUGUGAUAAAACUGAACCGAGGGUCCGGCGAGCGGGAGAAGAAGAAGCAAAGGAGCUCGCUGAAGAUGACCUUCCAGAAGAGCAAGUACAGGACCGGGAAACCAGCACCGGAGGUCGGGGACGCGGCCGCCGAAGACGACGCGUAUUACACCAUCGAGAGACGCGAGGGCAUCCCGGGCGCAGUCAUUGAUGAUGCAGAAGCGAUACCCGAGCCGGCAGAGCCAAAGGAGACUCUGAAUCUGGUGAUACCGGAGAAGGCGUCCUCGUUUAGCAUCCACCCUGGUCGUCUGUGCCAGGACCAGUGCUUCUACUGCGGCGGCAAGUUUGGACUGUUCGACACACCCUGUCAUAUCGCGCAAAUCAAGAGCUCCGAUCGACAGAAGAAAAUAUUGGACAAUGAAGAGAAGCUGACGAUAGACAGCUGUCUGUGCGACGCUUGCUACAGGCACGUCGACCGGCGAGCUAACUGCCCCUCGUAUCGUAAGCGACCCCCCGGGAAGCAGCUCGAUACGAACCCCUUACCAUCGCCCAACAACACACAAUCUGAGAAGCCGGUGAGCCCCCCUUUAGACGAGGAGUCGGAUGAGGAGAGCUCAGGGCUCGGAGCCGGGCGGGAGGCUCUCUGCCACACCGAGGGGUGCGCGGCGCCCGCGGACCACUCCAUACGGAGGAAGUGGCUCAUCAAAAUGAGGAGCAGUGUCAACAAAGUGCUGAAGCUGAAGUGCGACUACCCGGGGCUGCACACCAUCCCGCUGUGCGGCGAGCACCACCGCGCGCUGGCGCCGCUCAUGGCGUGCGCGCUGUGCCGCCGCAGGAUCACCAAGCACCACAACGUGCACUUCAUACACCACGGCUUCCAGGAGUUGAAUCCGAUCCUGCGCGAGUCCGGGAUCCCCGUGCAGUUCCUGGAGCGGCCGCUGCUGUGCAAGGCGUGCCGCUACUACUGCUCGCUGCUGCAGCGCCCCGCGCACGACCAGCACUACGUCAACACCUACAGGCGGAAAUUACUUCUAAGUUAUAACAUAGAGCCACCUCCGGGGUCUGACCACGAGGGCGACGACUCCACUUCUCAGGACGACAAUGCCAAGAAGAAAAAACAGCGCGUCAAAUCAAAGCAGAGGAAGUCCACUGAUCCCGAACAGACCAGCGAGUCUUCUGAGCGAACUAAUGACAGCACUCCAGAGAAAGACAAGAUCUCACAGGAACUCGACUCCAAGGACGUAAGGGACGAGGAAGACAUUGAAAGUCUAAUAUCAUCUAAUAAGAUCCCCGUGCCAGGAGCCAAGCCAACCGAACCCAGCAGCGACUGUUCAGAAACUGAAAACAUGGAUUUUGAACCCACGUUAAUACACAUAGACAAACAAACAGAACUACAGUACCUUCUACAGAAACAAAACAAUCCAGGCCCCUACUUGAAGACGGUUAAAAUGUUAGAAAUGUCCAAGGGCUUAAUGAACGUGUUCUCUGGAAUACAGAAGCCGGGAUUGCAGCACAGGGUUCACAGUAAAAACGCCAAACGCAUCCACAAAGUGGGGCAGGCCGUUCUGCAGAAGGACAGGAUGCGCAGAGAUGAGCUGCAAGAGGAGAAGUCAGUUGAGGGGAUCCCCAUCCUCAAGAAUAUUAAUUUGAAUGACGAGUGUACCAUAGAAACGAUACCCAACAAGCGGCCCGCCGACAUCAACACGCUCAAAAACAAGUGGCAAAUGUCAGAGAGCUUCACGCAGGUCAAGAAAAACUUAAGUGAGCUAUCCAAGAAACUGACCGUCGAGAAGGACCCUAAAAAAUCUGAUGCCAAAUAUUCGAACCCGGUCAAAAGGUUGGAGACCAAUCCGUCUAUUUCGGUUCGCGAACUGUUCCCCGGAGAGGAGGAAAUGAAUUUACAGUGCAAUAUAGAGUUUAACAAUGUCAAGGGGGUCACUCCUGAGGGCUGGGAGAAGUGUAACACCACCAUACAGUACGACGUGGAGACUAAGAAGCUGUGGACCGAGCUGCAGAGGCCAUACGGGAAUCAAUCCAGCUUCCUUCGCCACUUGAUUCUGCUAGAGAAAUAUUUCCGAAGCGGUGAUUUAGUUUUGGCUCACAACGCCUCGUCCAAUGCGUCUAACUAUAGUGACUCCGUGCAGAGCCGCCUUCGGGCCUACGACCACGUGGCCAGCGACCCACCUGCACGCAGUGAGGCUCCGGUCAGUCUGCUAGAGUACCGGAAAAUCCCCUCGUUGAAAGGGAAAAGCUUAUUGAAAUCUAAUCAGACUGACGCAGAGAGUGAUCCAAAAAUAACCAUGCCUCCCCCGAUGCAACCCAAACAGAAAAGCUCUAAAGAGAAAAGUAAAAGCAAACCUUUGCCUCCGGAGCUGAUAGCGAUAAACACUCCCAACGCUCAAGGGAGGAAGGCCAUACAGAAUGUGAUACAUAACAUUCAGCAGCUGGUGAAGGGUGUCAGUGCGUCGGACCCCACGGAGGUGGCCAGUGCACCGCUGCCGGCCAAGUUUGAACCUCCUAAAGAGAAAAAAGACACUCCGAAGAUGGAGACACCUAAGAAACCAAAGCCAGCCAGCAAACCGUGGAGACCCACACUCAUGCCCAUUACUCCGGAGAACUUGGCGCGGAUAGCCCGCGAACCGACGCAAGUGGCGGUCGACGGGCGCCACCUGUCCAGCCUUGUGCAAGUCAUGUCUUCCGGGAAGCGGUACCACAUCACGCUGCAGGACUACAACAAAAUGUGCAUCAUGAGACGAGAGAAACUCCAGCAGCUACAGGACGGGGAGAGGAAGAGAUCGUCGAUCGAAGAGACGACCCUCGUCACCGAGAUCCAGCCCUCGCAGAUGCUGGGCAACGGAGGCACGCUCCUGCAGAACAUAACCGGGGAAGACAAGGACAAAAAGGACGAGACUCCGCAGAUCGGGAACGCCGCUAGUAUCUUGAAGAAUGUUGGUCUGAAGAAUAUAACGAUAGCGCCCAUCAACAGCAAGUGCGGCGCGGGCCCGGCGCUGCCGCGGCUGCCGCCCUCGCUCACCGUCACGCCCGCCACCGACCACGCGCUCCGCCUCUAGCGACCGCUCCGCGUGUCUGAGUUUCGUUACGGACGUUUUGUGCAAACGGUACGUUGUGUAGUGCGGCGGACGAUACUCCCAGCAAAUAUAUAUAUUUAAUAAAUUAAAUUAAUGGUUUGAUUGUCGUCAGGAACAGCGGAGGUAGAGCCCCGGGGCACGCAAACACCGCGCCCGGGACUCUGCCCCCGCUAAUUUACUCGCCGUAAUGCGAGAGCUUAGAAUUUAAUAAACUUAGUCUGAACCGAUUUUUGUCGUCGACACUGUAUUCGUUCGAUAAAACUCAAUAAAACAGUCCUUUAAAACAAUAUUAAAUUAAAAGAAAAAACGCGAUUCAAAAAUGCAUUUAUAAGUUAUAUUUACGAAACAUCGUAGCGUUUGCAAAAAACUAAAUCGGUGUAUAUAGACGAUAUUUAACUGCGUUAUUUUAAUAUGAAAAAGUUAAGUGACCGUUUCGUUAUUAUUUUUUCACUGUCAUUAUAUUUAUGAUACAUCAUGGAACCAUUUUAAAAAUUAAAGAUAAAAAAAAUACAUAAAAAAAACGAAGCUUGUGAUAGAAAAUUAUUUAAAAAUAUAAUAAAACAUCACGUUUUUAAUAUUCGAAAUAUAUUUAUUUUAAUUAAAACACCUUUUUUAAUUAACAAAAGAACACGCUUAGCUUAAUACCGAAGCCCGUGAAGUUAAUUGUGGUACGUUAAUGGAGAGCUUUAUUCUGAAUUGCGAUCCGAUGACGUCAUUUAAGUUGCGUAAACAUUGAUUGGGAAUGACUUGAAGUUCGCAAAUGUUACUAAAACGUCACCGGUCGGGUGGUACUAGUAUUUUUCAGUGUUGCAAACUUUAAAUAGUACUAAAAUCUAUGACAAAAUCCAGAAAUCUUGCUUCAGUAAUUUUAAUAAUUUUCAAAAAGAAACGUGGAUUGGCACACGUAUUCGCUACCAAAAAAGAAUGUUGGCACUUUGUAUAUUUAUACAAAUGUGUCGAUAAAAUCAACUAUAUACAUUAAAGUAAGGUUGAUAUUUCUUCACUGUAAUCCAAUGAAUUUACGAAAGCAGUGGCUGGCUGGUUUUCCAAAAGGCUGAAGCCGCGUAGUUCAUUAAUUGAAAAAAAAUAUGUUCAGUAGUUAAAAUAACACAUUUCUAAUUCAAAUCACAACAUUGAUCUGCGACAAUAACUUUCAUAACAGCGCGUCAAAAUCGAAAAUAUUGUUUUUUCACAUUUAAUUUUGGCUUGCUACUCAUUAUAUUACGCCAUCCGCAUUUAGUAAAAGCUUUGGGAGUGUUUGUAUAAAUUUAAUGGAAAUUUUAAUUCAUAUUUCGCCCACUGAGAUCUAAAUAUCCAUAAAAUCUGCUGCAGUAAUCAAUAAGAAUAAAAUCGUUUCACUUAUCAAACCUAGUAGUGAAGUUAUAAUAGCUAAUGAUGAAGAAAGGAAAAUAGUGAAUAUAAAAAUGGAUUUUUCUUUCAGUUCUAUUUGUUGUAGUGCAGUACAGUUGGUGAUAUUUGCGAACUUCUAGAAAUUUCUGCGAUUGAAGGGAACAAACAAUUUUAAUAAAUUAACAACAAGUUAUUUGAAGAGUCAUGUACUCUGAUAAUGAUACCCCAAUUAUGGAAACAAAAAUUAUUUAUAUAUUAUUUCUUUUAUAAAAAGACAAGUCUUUCAAUGCUUUAAAACGGACACUAAAAGUCAUCAGUGCAAAAGUUUAAUCUAGAAAAAGGGACCUUUCAAUCAUGGUAAUAAAGUUUCUUUUUAAAUGACGAGUCCUACGUGUGAUGUGAUAAUGUAGAUCCGAUUUCGGAAUGGCGAUUCUUAUAAUAUAUUUCACCGUCUCUUAAGUAGGAGAGAAAUUAGUCAUUUGGGUGAUUUUAAAACGACUAAAAUCUAAUACUAUUUUUGUUUUUUUUGUUUUUCGACUAUAAUAUUGAUACUUUGAGAAGAGUAUUCGUGAUCUAUGUGCCUCCUAACCGAUGAAUUUUGUUGAAAAAACAUUUCCUAAGCACACUUUCCGUUUUAGAAUAACAUCGAAUUAUGAAUGGAUCGAGACGUUUAAUUAAUGUAAAAAAAAAAAAUUAUGUAAAUAAAAACAAUGUUAGUAAAAAUUAAAAAAUAAAACACAAAAAACAUAAUAUAGUUUCUUAAAUAAAUGAAUAAAAGAAAUGAAAUCUCACACAGACGAGAUAUAAUCGCCCCCCAGAUUCAUUUCGUGUAAAUAAAUUUAAUUAUUAUUAUUAUUAUUAUUAAUAUUGUAAACGGAUUAUAUAUAUUUGUAUCUAGUUUCUAAGGUAUAAAAAUGAAAGCAAUGAUAUUUUAUAUAAACGUGUUUUGUACCUACAUGGCAAUGCUAGGAUAUAUUUAGGUUGAAUUACAAAAAGACCUCUUCGAAGGCACUUAAAGUUCUUGGGGACUAUUGUUUUCAAGUCGUACAGAGCGAAAGAACUUAAGGAUCUUUGCAAAAAUACGAUCGAUGUCGGACUCUGUCAUUCAGUUCUAUCAACUUAUAAUACUUACUAUAAGUUUUUUGUCGUGUAAAGGUACAAAAAGUUAACAUAAGAUUACUCUUCCUUAACUAGUGUAUAAAAUUGUGAAGAAGAAUAGAAUUUACAUUUGGGCAAAAAAAAAACAUGUUGAUACAUUUAUCUUGUGUAUAAAACUAAAUAUAUUGUUGAGAAAUUAGUAUUUUAUUUUGGUCCAAUGAUAUAAAUAGACAUGUUCAGAUGUUAUUUAGGUAAUAUUGUGUACAGAUAAACUUUUAUGAAUAUUCCGUUAAGGCGACGUGCCUCGUGGGAAAAUCGAACUCCAUUUGGCUUAUUGCGAGCAUAAAGUUUCUUCUUCCAUUAUAUAACUAUGGUUUUAAAGUAUUUUAACGUAUUUAUUCUUUAGUAUUCUUGCAGUAACAUUAAAAGCAAUAGUUUAAAAUGUUUACGUUACUCAAUUACUUAUACUUUUUCAAUUGACGCGCUUAAAUUUAAAAAAACUAACAAUUGGGAUUAACGAAUCAAAAAGGCUAGUGAUUCUGACUAAAAUAUAUUUUUAUAUUCUAAUAAACUUUUGUUCGAAGAGAUCAUAUCUAUUAAUUAAUUCUAUUACAGCGGAUCUGUAGCUGGGACUCUUGCGAUACGAUAAUUUCUAAAUAAUUAAAAUAAGUUGGAUAUUUUUCGUUAACACCAUUCGGGUGAAAUUAUUUAGUAAUUUUCAUAUUUGUAAAUUGUCAAAUAUUAAAAUGUCAAUUUGUAAUGAGAUAAUAUUUAUUUGUAAUUUAUUGCAAACAAAGUUCACGGCGAAUUCGGUGUUGGCUGGUUCCCGGAGCCCAUAGGCAUCAAAACAUGCAUGACACCACCCACCUUGAGGCUUGAGGUCUGAGUCUCAAUUAGGUAAGUAGUAAAUACAAGUGCGGGCUCACAGAACGCCCGACACCCAAAUACGUCAACGCUCUUAAACAAACUUUUACUUUUAAAUAAAGUAGAAUAAACCAAACAGCUGAUACUCUGGUCACAAGAGGACAAUGACCCCGAGUUGCUUCCUACUGUUUAAUACAGAAAAACAUGUUCGCUUUGUAUUUUGUGGCCCUACCCUGCGAAUAUCGGAAAUUACGAAGAGGAACGUCGCCUUAACGGAUACGAAAUGUUAAAUAUAUAGUGUUAGUUACAAUUUGGUAUAUUCACACGUAUUGUUGUAUUAUGAUUUGAGGGCGUGAAAGGCUUUGUUUUGUCUCAAAGUAGGUGUAGGAUUGAAACGGCAUAGCCCAUGUUUGAAACAAGAUACAUUGUAUUUUGUUACGUGUUCGUUGCGUGUUAUCAGCGCCACGUGUUCCUACCGUGCGGGUAGGUUCGCUUACGUUUCGCCAUACAUUGCGCUUUUUGUGUGGUGGUACCGACAAAACUCAUGAACUAUAAUCUGGACAAUAUAAAAAUGUCAGAUUACUACCACGACAGAUACUAUCCACCUUGUAUUACAUUUAACCAACCCAAAAGGUUUUAGUGUGAAAUUCACACGUCAUUGCUUUAAAUAAAUGGGAAGACUGAAGCGGUCAUUUGGUAUUAACAAUGAAUUUGCUUUUUAACGAUAAACUAAAUUUUUCGUGAAAUGGUUUAUUACUGGUGGUAGGACCUCUUGUGAGUCCGCGCGGGCGGGUACCAACACCCCGCCUAUUUCUGCCGUGAAGCAGUAAUGCGUUUCGGUUUGAAGGGUUGGUGAAGCCGUUGUAACUUACUUGAGACCUUAGAACUUAUAUCUCAAGUUGGGUGGCGUAUUUACGUUGUGGAUGUCUAUGGGCUCCAGUAACCACUUAACACUAGGUGGGCUGUGAGCUCGUCCAUCUAAGCAAUAAAAAAAAAUGUCUUAAAAAAUUGCCUAUAAGCCUUUCGCACCCUCGAAACAAACAUAAGUAUACUUUUUUUUUUGUAUAUUAACGUGAUCCGGUGAAAUGCUCAUGUGUUUUUAUUUUUAUUUUAUUUGAACAAAUUCCUGUGGCCCUGCAUCUCGGACGGUAUUUUCCUCCAAAGAUAGCGUGUUAAUCAUUUUACUAUAUAAUUUUUAUUUUUUAAAUAGUCUUGAUACGGUAAAAUAGUCCUUAUCGUUUUCCGGCGGUCGCUUGCCGUUCUGUGGUUUAUGAAAUGCAGGACGGUCGUUUUUCGUUCGAAUUCGUUCUCCGUUAAGGCUUAUUGUAUCGUAUUUAUACGUUUAGUUUUUAUUAAGGGCACGUUUCGUGUCUAAGGUAUGAAUUUUCUAAUAAACAUAUCCUUAUCACAA